AUGGCGACAAUAACACUCGAUAAGCCCAACAUACCGGUCAAGCUCCCCGAGGGCCUCUCUGAAGAGAAAAUCUUGGGGUUCUCGCCUUUUAAUAACUGGCUCACCACCCUAACCCACUCCCUCUCCCUCCAGCACACCAAUGCCGCACACCCCUUCCACCCAGACCCGUAUACUCUCCGCGGCAUCACAAUCCAGAGCUUCGACCUAUUCGGCCGAGCUCCGCGUCAGCGCCUCGGAUUCUUGAAACUCGUAGCCGAGAUCAAGAACAGCGCCGGCGAGACCUUACCGGGUAGCGUAUUCCUGCGCGGGCCGAGCGUCGCCAUGCUUGUCAUGCUAGUACCGGACGACGUACCCGCGGGCCACGAAGACGAUGAGCGGUACGUAGUGCUAACGGUGCAGGCCCGCAUUCCAGCCGGCAGUCUAGCAUUCGUCGAGUUACCUGCGGGCAUGGUAGACGAGGGGGGUACCUUCGCGGGCACCGCAGCGCAGGAGAUUAAGGAAGAACUUGGGCUUGAGAUACCCGCUUCGGAACUACGGUGCCUGAGCGACUUGGCUGCUACUACUAGUCCUAUCAAAAGUAAAGGAAAUGAAGAUGCAAACGAAGAUGAGAAUGGAGGCGAGGGUGAAGGCGACGAGAACCUGCCUCAAGCUAUGUAUCCCUCAGCUGGUGGAUGCGACGAACAUAUUCCGAUAUUCAUGCAUGAACGGCGGGUGCCGCGUGAAACCCUUAAGGAAUGGACCGGCAAGCUGACGGGGCUCCGGGAUCACGGGGAGAUGAUCACGCUUAAGUUAGUCCCGAUGAAAGAUCUGUGGAGAGAAGGCGCGCGCGACGCGAAAUGUCUUGCUGCGGUGGCGCUAUGGGAAGGACUACGGAGGGAGGGUAAACUGUAA